CACCGACACACUCAUUUGAGCAACAAUCCGCACUAACAAUGCGGUUCGCGAGUUUGCAGGACACGGAUAAAGAACCGGUAGGGUGUGUGUGCUGUAUAUAUUGUUCGUGAGAUAGAUUCCUUUAAGCCGCAUAUCUGUCCUCCUGCCCGAUUCCUUGAAUCAGUAUACUUGGGCGGCACACUGACAUCCUACACUACAUCUCCAGACAAUACCUCAUCCAUAGCAACAUACACCGGCCGUGGUACAGCGUACCCUCAACCAGAAUGACAUCACACGACCAAAGGAGCUUUCAGCCAUCACCACCUGUCCGCACUUCAACAGUCGACUCCCAGAAGUCAGUUGAUUCAUCUGGACAAAUGUCUCCCACAUCAGCACCAAACUUGCCAACUUCGCGUGCUUUCUUCGGUGCCAUCACCGAGCGCCUCAGCGAGCGUUCACGGAGCCGAUCGCGAGCAGACGCGUCGCGAAAACGAUCCAAGUCACCAAUGAUCCUGCCGCCCGAACAACUGCCAACGGGUCGAUCUCAGCAAGCUCGUCACAUCUCGCAACCUACACCCAACCAGCCUCCGGCGAAGGUGUCGCGACCAAGUCUUCAGGAAAACGGCAGGACGUCUACCGGUGGAAGCGAUCCAUGGCGUGGACGACACUCCAACGACUGGCUUUUCAAUGGCUUCUCUUUCCGGGAUACUGCUAGGGAGGCAUUUCGCAAGUCGUAAUGGAAGACAGAAGAUCGAGGCGAUGAGUCUGGUACUCGUUCGACCAAGGAUGGUUCGGCGGGCCGUUUGCACUUCUGAAAAGGUGUGCCAUCCAUGACCGUCAAGAAUGAUGGUAAUGUUCGGAAUGUGGGUUCGCGGUUGCAUCAGACACUGCGCACUUGUAAACUAGACCGUUAGUGUAAAUCGAAGUUCUCGGUGUUGCGAUUGCCUGAUCCCGUCUCCAUGUGGUCGACACAUGUCAACAGCUUUCAGUUACGUUUUCCCGCACACACGUCAAAUGC